AUGGAUCAGGCUCCCCGUGGCGCAGCCGCUUCCCUAGACCUGUCCCUCACGCUGGCCCCCAUGAGUCCACCACCGGCACCCCCAUCCACCUCCUUCUGGGCUGAAGGAAACGCCCCUGCCGGCCACGACGGCCAUGGUGGCCAUGACGGCGAAGCGAGGUCGAGGCGGCUGUUCUCGUGCCUCUUCUGCGACAAGAAGUUCCUCAAGUCUCAGGCGUUGGGGGGCCACCAGAAUGUGCACAAGAAGGAGCGGGCCGGCAGCUGGAACCCUCACCUCUACCUCCAACCCGACCACGGCUACUGGCCGGCCGCGGCGGUGGCAAAGGCGCCGGCGAGAUGGCCAGACGCGCGCCUUGACGACGACGGCGAGAAGCAGUUGCAGCAGCUUGAUCUCAACCUCAAGCUUUAA